AUGAAUCAUAAUAACACAAGAUUGUCGUCGUUAUCUUCGGGGGUAGUGAUACAAGCAACGAGGCAAGUGAGAGAUUUGGCGGCUAUGGAGACAGCCUCAACCUCAUUGAAAUCGACACCUUCCGAGCCAGUUUGUAAGAUAGUCACAUCGUUGAAUGAGAAUACUCAACAAGUGGAUGACAAAAGUCUAAAUUGUGUACAAUCAGAUUCGAGGAGUGAUACUGUUUCGUCUGUGAGGGAUUUGUGUAGAGCUUUGAGUAAGAAAUUAUCCCUCACACAACAAGAUAAACAGAAAGAUAGAUUCCAAUGUUUAUUAGAUCAUGUGAGAUAUUCGAAUAGUGGAUAUCAUCUAGAGAACUAUUGUACAUAUGACAAAAUUGUUGAUUGUAAUAUAUUUUCAAAGAGAGUACCAGUUUCAAAUGUAUUGAUAGAAGAAGUGACGUUUAAGGAUUUUGCCACUCUGUAUAUUUCCUCCAAAUUGAAACAAUCCAACUUGAGGUUAAUAGAAAAGGAAGAGCUAGAAAGAAGGUAUUGUCUUAAAUUAAUGGCAACAUAUAGUAAUUUUAGACCAGCCAAGCAGUCGUUAGAGAUUCAAAACUCAACUGGUAAUGAAACUGUCAUUGGUGGUAAUUAUCAUGAUACCAUUUACUGCUGCGAGUUUACUCUUCCAAAAUCACAAACCAAAUCAUUCAUUUUACUGGAAGGGAAUUCAGUUGAUUCCAAUCACAAGUUCAAGCAAUUUUUACAUGUAUUUCGUGUCUAUGGAGAGGAUUUAUUUUCAAAGAAAACUUUUAGUCAUUCCAAAAAUUUAUGUGAUAUUACCAUUCACACCAAGUAA